AGUGCAUGAGCUACACUAACUUUCUCAUUCUCUUCUGCAGGCACAGGAGAAACACAUCUCAACUGAGCUCUCUAAAAGACUAGAAAGAAAAAAUCUGUAGAAAUGAUGCGCUGGCAGACUACGUAUUUGUUGAUUGUUUGCAUGGUGGUUCAGUCUUCUGCUUUAGAUGUGGAAUGCAGCUUCGGUUUCACAGGAGUGAGUUGCAGAGAGAGCAACACCACUCAAAAGAUAUUAAUUGGAGUUGGUGCGGUCCUUGCUGCUGGAGUGGUGAUUGCGAUCCUGACCUGUUGCUGCUGUGGUUGCUGUGCCUGUUGCCGAUCUGAACCGCGCCAUUCCACCGUUAUGAGCACAUCAGCUACCACAGUGGUGCCAAUAAACUAUGCGCAACCUAUCCAGACGUAUCCAGUCUGCCAGGGCUACCAACCUGUGCCAGUUCAUCCAUUUCCUGCACAGCCGCCCAUGGGUCCAGCUCCUUGCAGCCAGUCUUAUGCAAUGGAACCGCAAUGUCACGGACAACCACCUUCAUACCAAGAGGCUGCAUCUGCUGAACAACCUUUAUAUCCUGCUGCGGGACAUUCUUCAUACCAUCCUGCUGUAAAGUGCCUUCGUUGAUGUAGUGCAACCUGGAAUGUGAAAACAUUGCUAGCUUCACACUAAAAAGCUUCUAUCUGCUUUCAUUCUUCCUAGUAGUCUUCAACUAAGCAGCCAAGGAUGGAUUUUGAGAAGUUACGGUGAAAAUCUAAACAGACAAACAUGCCAGGAAGAGUCAGGGGAAAUUAUAGUUGGAAAAAAUUAUUAUAUGUUUCCCAAUGAACAAAUUACAAGACUCAAGAUUACUUGUCAUCUGCUCAUUGAAGCAUACAGUGAAAUGUGUUUAUUGUGUUAACAAUCUAUUUGUGCAAUGUAUUUCAAAUACCAUUUCUAGUAAGUAGAAACUUCUUCCUUCUACUUUCAAGACUAAAGCCAAGAUUUUUGGUAGUUAGUUACUUCCCAGUAGGCUGUUGGCAUUUAUGGCAGCAGUGAAGAUCCUCCAUUGAUCUGUCCAUGGCAUUCCACACCAAUGUAGGAUUCUUCAUUGCUGUUUAUAUAACAAUAUUUUUUGACCAGUCAGGGUUGUUUGCCCUGAGCUGAACCAUCAAACCUGGGGAAGCCUGCAGGCCACUCUUAGUUUGGCCUCUGCUCUUUGCCCUGUUUGGCAUGGGUGACCCAAUCAAGUGCUAAAGCACAAGGUUUGGGCUCGAGUCAAUGUAGCUCACUGAGUCAUUGAGACACACAAGCCACCAAACCCUACGACAAGGUUGUGGUCCUCUUGGAGGAAAGUUUUUGGUCCUUAGCACAAGCUGUAUUCCUUCUGGGACCUUCACUCCGAUUCAGAUUCACUUAUCAAUCACAUACACAUCAAAACAUGCAGUAAAAUGUGUUAAUUGCUUUAACAAUCAACCCACCUAGGGAUGCGCUGGGUGCAGCCCGCAAGUAUUGCCACACAUUCCAGUGCCAAUAUAGCAUUCCCACAAUGCUCUACAGAUCAACACAGAACACAGCAAGUAACAAAACCACAACAGCAAAACAAGCCCCUUUCCUCCAAACACUCCCAGCCACCCACUCACAAUGACAGUCCUCCAACUCCAGUUGUCUUUAAUUAUUUGUUAUCCUCAGACUUGGCUGUUUCAAAACUCUCCAGGCCAACUUCCUAUGAAGCCUCUACAAAGUCGAGCAUCCAUAACUCUGCCACCUUAAACCCAAACUUCUCUUCCUUGCAUUCAAAUCCCCUGUUCCUCAAUGUGUGAGUUCACCUAUAGUGUCCUCCAGCCUCCUACUCCCCUUCAAUGUUAGCCUUUUGAAUUUACCUGCUAUGCCAUUUCAGGCCUACCAUCAGAUGCCUGCCUCUAACCACUUGGACUUGCCUGUCCUUUUCUUGUCCCCGUUUUUUGAAAGGUUGUAUUAAUUCCACCUCCUUAACCAAACUUUUGUCCAGCUAUACUAUUAACACCCUACGUAUAGUGAAAGUGCAAUAGCAGAUCAAACCAAAGAAUUACUAUGCCGUGGACCAUUUCCCUGACAUAAACAAAUCUAGGCAGUGGGCCUACUUGAUUUCACCACACAAGGGAACUCAGGUAAAGGAGUGAUUUAACAUGACAAAUUAUUGGUAACAAUUUCCACCUUAUUUUUAUGGUAUCAUGCUAAAUAUCACAAAAAAUACUACUUUCCAAUAAUAGCAUUCUUUACAUUUCUUGUAUCUUUAUUUUAAUAUCAAUAUUGUUUGCCAAUUUCUUGCUUUAUGAUGUGCAAAGCAAAGACCAUAUGUAAAAGUCUGUAGUGGAUUUCAGUAAUGUAAUUGAGUAAUUUAGAUUUAGACUGUGAGCUACACCGCGAAUGAUGGUGACACUAUAUUUUGCUUUAGUUUACAUGAUGUUACUUUAGCUUUUGCAAAUUUAAAGUCUGUUUUGGAACCUGCUGAUAUUUUCAGAUAUAUGCUUCUUUCAAUAAACUUUUUAUUUUGUC